AUGCAUUAUAUUUCAGCUCCUCCCAUCGAAUGCCUUCAGUGCUAUAUCUGCAACUCCUCCGUCUCACCUGGAUGCCUUGACAGCGAGUUCAAAUCCCAUGUUUUAAGCACAAACCUCCAGCCAUCUUUUUGCAAUGCACGUGAUGCAAUGUACUGCAUAAAAACUACGACAAUAUACGGAGCUAUAAUGGGGACAACGCGAUUCUGCAGCGGUAAGGAUCUUGGAAAUCAAUGCCAGUAUGUCGACUUCCCCGAUCACGACAGAAUUUAUCGAGCCUGCGUAUUUACAUGCGAAGGUGACGCCUGCAACCAAUCACAGACCUCUUCCCCUAGUGCUCCUGUUUUUCUCAUCUUAAUUCUUGUUUUUGUUUUUCAAAAUUUAGAAGACAUAAUUUACUGA